GUUACGCGGCAUCCAACAAUUCCCAAAAUAAGGGUUUUACUCCCACAGUCACUCCUCGGUCAAGAAACCCUACAAGUGAUUGCAUCAAAACACUAGGGUUUAACAUCUCUUUCUUCUCCAAUUGAACUCCUUUUUUUUCAUUAUUCUGAAUAGAGUUUAGCGAAUCAGAGAAAGGAGGAGAGAGCUCAGUGCGGUCAUUUAUACACAUAUACAUACACAUGGAUGAAGUUAACAACAGAGAACUGACUCUUGUGACUAGAAAACCCUGUUUUGGUUUGCCAACUGCGUGCCCGUCAUGCUUGCCCGUUUACAUUUAUCUAAGAUUUGCGAAAGUUCCCUUUAACUUGGAUUACAAUCUAAUUCACCCUGAUUCAGAUCAAAUUCCAUAUGUUGAGUCUGGUGUUUAUGUGGCCUAUAACAAUGAGAAGGGUGGAGUUAUUGAGAGCUUAAGAGAAGAUGGUAUUGUUGAUUUGGAUUCUGAAGUCCAUGCUAUUCCAGAAUGGUUAUCAAUGAAGGCAAUGAUCAAUUCAUGGCUUGCAGAUGCAAUAAUGUACGAACUCUGGGUGGGUUCUGAUGGCAGUUCUGCACAUAAGAUUUAUUAUUCAGAUCUUCCAUGGCCAAUUGGAAAAUUUCUAUAUUUCAAGCAAACUCGUGUUGCAAAGCAACAACUUGGGAUAACAAAAGAAAAUGCUGAACGAAGAGAAGAAGAGAUUUACAGGAGAGCAACUAUUGCUUAUGGAGCCUUGUCAACUAGAUUAGGGGAACGGUCCUUUUUCUUUGAAGACAGGCCAACAAGUUUGGAUGCAGUUUUCCUUGGGCAUGUGCUUUUUACACUUCAAGCAUUACCCGAAACAUCAGUUCUGCGGAGCAAGCUCUUGGAGCGUAAUAAUCUUGUGCAGUAUGCUGAAAAACUUCAGAUGUCAUUCUUAGAAGCUGGUUCCUCUUCUUCUAUUCCACAUGUCCGCUCAGAUCCAUCAUCAUAUGCACCAAAACGAGGUCCCUCAAAUUGGAGUUCAAAACCCAAGAGCAAACCUAAGAGGGAAAAGACGGAGGAAGAGAAAACCUUCAGAAGAAGAGCCAAAUACUUCUUAUUAACACAGCUGGUAGCGGUUUUAGUCUUCUUGUCGCUCGUAAGUGGAUCUGAUGAUACUGAAGUAGAGCUUGACGAUGACGAGUACGAUGAUUAAAACAAACAUUUAUCAAUUGAGUUUAUUUCUUAAAUCAUUCUAGCUUUCCUUGGUUAUGGGCCAAGCUUAAUGAGAUAUUUCUUUUCCUUGUGCAUGUAAAUUUUGCAAAUUAUGCAUGCACAAAAAUUGAUUGGAUAUUAUUGUGAAAUAGAUCAAACGGGGGAAUAUCCAGUUUAUUGUUUGAAGUAAAUGUCUUCUUUGCAUUUUUGGCUAUGAAUGUUCAACUUCAAAUUGCGCGGAUCAUUUUAAUUCAGUUUUGUUAUGGCCGUCUUAUUUUGCAGAAGACUACAUGGAUCUCUUUUUGUGUUCUAAUUUGAGGAAAGUGUAGUAUCUCUCACUUUUAGCUCUUUUUGUUUAUAAUCCAUUGUUCUUUAGAUUCUGUUUCAGAUGAUUUUAUCAAUAAUGUUAUUGAAUAACUUGUAUAUAUCAUCAGUAUGGUGGUAUUUCUGUUC